AGAAAUUAAACAUAUAUAAUUUCCAACACCCUCCCUUUAUCUACUCCACUGUCACCCACCUUUAAUUUUCCUCAAUUUUCAUAAUCCUUUGUUGCAGUACUAAAUAAAGUAAGCUGCUGGGAUGGCUGCUCAUACUGAGUUUAUGUAUCCAGAAAGUAUGAUUAUGGAUGCUGAAGAGCUAAUACAGGAGCUUCUUGACGACGAAUCGCCAUUGUUCUUGGCUCCUCAAGAGACAAUAAUGGAGUCCAGUAGUUUUGCAGGUGUUUCAAAUUACUCAUCAUUCCUUAACAGCUUGAUUUAUGGCCAUGCAAACCAACCCCUGCAUGAUGCCAGCAGAAGUUGUAUGUUGGAUAAAGGUUUGAUGGUGAGUAGGGAUCAUCAUGAGAGUAAAUAUACUUUGAGAAUCAAGACUAAUUGUGGCAAUGCAAUGGCUGAUGAUGGUUAUAAGUGGAGGAAGUAUGGCCAGAAAUCUAUCAAAAACAGCCCAAAUCCCAGGAGCUAUUACAAGUGCACAAACCCCAAGUGUGGAGCAAAAAAACAAGUGGAGAGAUGCAGUGAUGAUCCAGACACCCUAAUAAUCACAUACGAAGGACUUCAUCUCCAUUUUGCAUAUCCCUUUUUCACAUUGGAUAAUGAACCCAACAACACCAUUGACGUCGUACCCACAAAGAAACAAAAGAAGACCACUGCAGAAGUAGUGGAGUCCCAGGAACAGGAACAGGAGAAGACAAACCAAGUAGUGUACGAGAAUCCAGGCAUCACAAAUCCAACCCCAAUUGCACAACUUCUUGAUGAUGAAUGGGAUUAUUCAUCACAAGGGUUGCUUCAAGAUGUGGUUCCUUUAGUUAUUCGCAGACCAUCAUCAACUAUUUGUAACGCCACGACGACGUCGUAUUCUUCGUCUUCCUCUUUUCUUUCUCCUCCUACUUCACCCUCACUCUCAUGCUCCACUAAUAACUGUUUUCUGCCAGAUUUUGAUGCUUCAAAUUAUUAAAACCAUGUGGCUUUUGUAUUUGUAUUUUACAGUUUCUAAUAAAUUAAAUAAGUACUAGCUUAGUAGCUUGUAUUAUAUAUAAAUAUAUAAGAUAAUAACAUAUAUAAUUUGAGUUUGUACUUGUAUAAAGUUUUUA